AUGACUCACGUUGAACUUCUGUUGGAACUUAGAAAGGAUCCUAGUAAGAUUCCGCCUGCUUCGUUAUUCCCUGAACCAACGUGGUUGAUACGAAAAUCCGAGAUGUCUGGCGCGCGUCACUGGGAACAGGACAAAGAAGCGACUGUAUACAUUGGCAAUCUCGACGAGCGAGUCACAGAUAGCUUAGUUUGGGAGCUGAUGCUGCAAGCCGGUCGUAUUGUCAAUGUACAUUUGCCCAAAGACCGCGUCACACAGACUCAUCAAGGCUAUGGCUUCGUUGAGUUCAUCAGCGAGGAGGACGCAGAAUAUGCUGCAAGAAUAAUGAACCAGGUUAGGCUCUAUGGCAAGCCCAUCAGGGUCAACAAAGCAUCCGCCGACAAACAAAAAACAGUAGAGGUGGGCGCAGAGCUAUUCGUGGGCAAUCUCGAUCCGAUGGUCUCUGAACAGACGCUUUACGAUACUUUCGGCCGAUUUGGCACUCUAGUGACAGCCCCAAAGGUUGCUCGGGACGAUGCCAAUCUAUCUAAAGGCUAUGGCUUCAUUUCAUACGCCAGCUUUGACGCCUCGGAUGAUGCUGUCGCCAACAUGAAUGGACAAUAUCUAAUGAACAAGGAAAUAUCGGUUCAGUAUGCAUACAAAAAAGAUGGAAAAGGCGAGCGCCAUGGCGAUCAAGCCGAGCGUACGCUGGCUGCACAAGCAACGAAGCAUGGUGUACAGCCCACUGUACAGCCUCUGCCAGCAGGACUUUUUACCGGUAGCACUCCAACAGGACCUACGGCGGUGCUCAACAGCGAUCUAAACCGACCGGGAAGCCUCUCUGUAGCAGGGAUACCAAACGGCUUUCAGAAUAUUCAUCCUCCACAGCAGCAACGUCCUCCGCCGCCAUCCCAGCCGUUACCUGCGCCGCCUUCUGGGCUUCCAGCCAGACCGCCCCCCUCCCAAGCUGGCUACGGUGGGCCACCUCAAGGCUUCCUACCACCAGGCUUUAACAAUGCACAACCACAGCCAGCUUUUCCAGCUGCUGGUGGUGCACCUCCUCCUGGGUUCGCUCCGCCACCGGGACUGGCUCAAGCAAGUCGCGGUGCUCCUGGCAUGCCGCCGGGAUACCAACAGCAUUCUGCCUAUGGGACUAUACGAUGA